AUGGGGAAGCUACUAUGUGAUUCCACCACCGUGGCCGAGUCAUUCCAGACCUCCUCCCCCACCGUCGCCUGGCGGGACCCGCCCCCGAAGUCGGCGCCGCUCCAUCAGGACGACGACGACCACCGAACCGAGCCCCUCGAUCUCAUCGACCAGUCAACGGACGACGCGUGGGGAGCUGUCGUCGGCCUGGAGGAGCAGCAGCGGCGCCACCUCCAGCGGCUUCACGCCAAGGGGGUCUUGUGGAAGCAUCCGGAGGCGGACGGCGAAUCCUCGGUGGUUUUCAGGCUGUCGCACGGCGGGGAGGUGUCGUCCGACGGGAACUGUUUGUUUACGGCGUCGCAGAAGGCGAUGAAGGCGGCGCGUGAGGUCGACGCGCGGGAGCUGAGGCGGCGGACGGUGCGGAGGUUCAUGGAGGAUUUCGGAUCUGCGGGAGAGGAGGAGAGGGACGUCAUCAACGACGUCAUUCGGCAUCUCUACGCGCCUGAUCUGAAGGCCGGGUGGGGGAUACACGUGAUUCAGGAGGUCAAGCUUUUGGCCAAGAAAGACGAGCGCGUGAGUCUUGACUCUGCUAUUGACGAGCUGCUUCAGCUGGGAAUGCAGAGGGAGCUGGCGGCGGAGUCUAUUUACAAAGAGAGAUGUAUCUCAGUGAGUGAUGGACCUAGUUGGGCGAAAUACAUGUUGAUCUCUGGUUCCCCGGAGGAUGAAUAUGAUAUCAUCACAUUGCAAUACACAGAGGAAGGCUUGCUAACAAUCGAUGAAAAUAGAGAAGGUCAUGCCGCGGCUUUUGGAGAUGAUAUAGCAAUCGAGUGUCUUGCAACAGAGUUUAAGCGAGAGAUUUAUGUGGUUCAAGCACACGGAGCAGAUGCAAUGGUUGAUGAGGAAAAUUGUGUUUUCUUCCUUCCGCACCGACCAAGGACUCAGAUUUGUGAACCACCCUUCUUUCUUUUCAUGAAAGGAACAGGUUGGUGUGGUGCUGGAGCUGAUCACUAUGAACCCCUGAUUGCUCAUCCCUUGUCCUUUGUUUCUCAGGAGAAGGUCGCUAUGGUUCUUUGAGGGCGUGCUUGAACCUGCAGUUUUGUGGCAUUAGAGAUUGAGUAGAAGUAGUUCUUCUAAUUAUUUGUUCCAUUAGAGAUUGGCAUGCAAUCUGAUUCUCCAGACUCUUCUUUGAGUCAUGAGGAGAAUUCAAUCAUUGCAUGGCAUUCAUUUUUUGUUAGCUAGAUCGAUUAUCUUUGACUCCAGCUAGCAGGUUCAUCCUGCUUCUGAGCAACCCUAUAGUACUCGUAAUGCUUCUACCGGCUUUUUUUUUUCUUCUGUUGUUGUCUUUGAGUUCAUUUCUUUGGAGGGUGCAUAUAUUGCUAGGUGCUAUUUCAUCGAAGCUGUAAUAGUGCCUUCGAUCUGUUGUAUCUUUAGCUGGAGUCGAUCAUCAUUUUAAUGAAAGUGACUUUUGU